AUGGGUCGCUUUACGUGUUUGCUGUUAGUUGCGACUCUUUUACAGUCAAGCGCUUGGGCGAAGAAAGUUCAAGAAACUCUGCGCUUCACCUGGGAGGAAGGUGCUCCAAAUGGACAGCCAAGAGAAAUGAUAUUCACCAAUGGGCAAUUUCCCAGUCCAACCCUUGUCUGGGACGAAGGAGAUGACAUUGAAAUAACAGUUAUUAACGACAUGGACAAAAAUGUUACUGUGCAUUGGCAUGGUUUAGACCAGAAAGAUACUCCUUGGGCUGAUGGCACGCCUGGUCUUUCUCAACGUCCAAUCAAGCCCGGACAGGAGUUUGUAUAUAACUUCAAGGCAACUCCUGCAGGGAAUCACUGGUAUCACUCUCAUGAGAGAAUGUCACUUGUUGAUGGCCUUUAUGGAGCCAUUCAUAUCAAGCCAAAGCAAGAUCGCACAGAACUAUGGAGACAAAUUAGUGACAACGAACAAGACAUCAAGGACAUGGAAAAGGCUGCUAACGACCCUGAGUAUCUUGUCGUAUCUGACUGGAGCCAGUAUACUUCCGAUGAAUACUGGAAGAUAUCUACUGAUUCGGGCAUGCUCGUCUUUUGCCUCGAUAGUAUUUUAGUCAAUGGUAAAGGGAAUCUCUACUGCCCAGGCCAGGAAUUCCUUCAAAGCGAGCUUGCUCCGGGCCUAGUUGAUGAUGCUUUCCCACCAGGCACCAAAGUCUCAGAUAAAGGAUGUUUCCCAGCAGAUAUUGAUCAAAUUCAAGGUGGUCCUUGGAACGUCACAAGACGCCCAGACCUGAUACCACCGCGCGUUCAAGAGGGCUGCGUAGCAUCUGAGAACGCAAACGCAACUAUCACUGUUAAUCCGAAAAAGAAUAACGGCUGGGUUAGCUUCCAUAUUGUGGCUGCUGCCACCAUUGCCCAGAUUACCUUCUCUGUUGAUCAACACCCUUUUUGGUUGUACGAGGUUGACGGCAACUACGUUAAUCCUAAGAAGUUUGUCUCUGCGGUGAUGUCUGCCGGCGAGACCUUCUCGGUUAUGAUAAAACUUGAUCAAGAGCCGGGCAGAUACACGAUGCGCAUACCGAACUCUGGGGCCUCGCAGGUUCUAGGCGGUUAUGCCGAAAUGAUCUAUGAGGGGCACGAGGACGAUGAUGAGAAGUCGGACACACCAUACCUCUCCUAUGGAGGCAACCCCAUGACGCCAGAAGUCGAGAAAAACUCAUACUUCCCUUGGAUGCUCGAGACGGAUCACAUGGAGCCAUGGCCUCCGAAUAAGCCCAGGCCUGGUAAUGCUGACGAGGAGCAUCUUCUUGCAUUGGGUCGCGUGGGCGCACCGUUCAACUACACGAUGAACACCAAGUACCUAUAUCCCAUUGAUUUUCAGAACAACGACCCUCUGCUAUUUUAUCCUAACGCAACCGUUGGCACCGAAAAUGAUAACCUUGUGAUCCGCACCAAAAAUGGGUCUUGGGUUGACCUUAUCCUUCAAGUUUCUACUCUGCCUGGUGAUGAAUCUGCAUUCGAGCACUUCAUCCAUAAACACGGCAGUAAAACAUGGAGAAUUGGUUUCGGGACUGGUGUUUGGAAUUAUACCAGUGUACAAGAAGCAAUUGAUGAACGGCCGGAAGACUUCAACUUGGAGACCCCUGGCUUGCGCGAUACUUGGAUCACAGCGUUCUCCAUUGGUGGUGAGGCUUACUGGAGCGUUUUCAGAUACUAUGUGGACAAUCCAGGCCCAUGGCUAUUUCACUGUCAUAUUGAGCUUCAUAUGAUGGGUGGAAUGGGCAUCGUUAUUAUGGACGGCGCAGAUGCAUGGCCAGAAAAUAUCCCAGCCCAGUAUCAGCUCCAUAAGUAG